GGCUGGGGGAGGUUGGAGGAGGAGGUAGUGAGAGUGGAAGGUUCCUGGUCACAAGGCACCUGCAAGCAGGAAGCAAAGAGAGGGUAAAUGCUUGUGCUCAGCUCACUCCCUGCCUCUCAACUCCUUUUAUUCAGCCUGGGACCUCAUUGGAUGGUGCCACUCACAUUUGGGACCUCUUAACCUAGGUGUGGCUCCCAUGUGAUUCCAAGUCCACUCAUACUGACUAUUCAGGAGCUUAUGGGAAUGGAGUGGGCUGGGAGAAUAUGGAGCUGUUGAUAUGAUGCGCAUAGUGGGUCAGAUAAUUUUCUCUUUAAAAAUGGAAAUGUGGGUCUCUUGCUGCAGCAAAGCGAGUGGGAGUACCUGGUGCGCGAGCUUGGAACGAGAAUCCAGGAGUUGUAAGAAAAUGACAGACAAGCCGGACAUGGGGGAAAUCUCCAGCUUUGAUAAGGCCAAGCUGAAGAAAACCGAGACGCAGGAGAAGACCACCCUGCCGACCAAAGAGACCAUUGAACAGGAAAAGAGGAGUGAAAUCUCCUAAAAGCCUAGGAAGAUUUCCCCACCCCUUCAUCUCCAAGACCGCCUCGUGAUGUGGAGGAAGAGCCACCUGCAAGAUGGACGCAAGCCACAAGCUGCACUGUGAACCCGGGCACUCCUAGCCGAAGCCACCGGCCCGUGCGUCUCUGAAGGGGACCCCCCAACCCCGCAGACGCUAAACAGACUACCGAAUUGCACCGGUUUGCCCUGGGAUAUUAUCGAAAAUUAUUUGUAUGAUUGAUGAUAAUAAAACACACCUCGUGGCAAAAAAAAAAAAAAAAAGGAAAUGUGGAAAACCUCGUUUGGAAGAGAGAAUAAGGGGAAAUGAGCAAGUGUGCCUCUGUAUUGCUGGAGAGCUUAUCCCCUCCGUGAGCAAGAGAAGAGUGCUGCUUCCUUUCAGGUUAUUUAAGAAUACAGGCUGGUUGC